GCCUCUCCUGCUGUCGCCCUGGGUACAGGAAGCGGAAAGAGACGCCGCCGCGGAGGCAGCUGAGGGGAAGCCUCCCUCUCCGGACUGAGCCCAGCAGCAGAGGAGCCAGAGGGAGAGCCUCCAGCCACAGAUUUGUGCUGAAGAUGAAGGAAGCCAAAAUCUGAAGAGUAACAUUCCUAUUUUCUUGAACCUGUGGAUGAUCAAGGAUCUAUUUAUUUCCAGCAAAACUCUUCUUUUGGACUUUGUGGCUCUUCCAGGUUCAAGACGUGGGCCGCUCUCUGCUGUCCUGAGGCUUCCCUUUGGCCAUGGAUACGGAGUCAACCUACUCUGAGUAUUCCCACUAUUCAGGUCACUCCAGAAAAGCUCAGCGACAAGGGAGCCGAGACAGGCACAAAUCGCCACGGAGUAAAGAUGGCAGUCGCUCGGAGAAGUCUGUUACCAUUCAGACGCCACCUGCAGAGCCAUUGUUGGGGAACGAUUCUUCCCGGGCAGAGGAAGGCCAGGAUGACAACUGGGGCGAGACCACAACAGCCAUCACAGGAACCUCAGAGCAUAGCAUAUCCCAGGAGGACAUUGCCGGACUCAGCAAAGACUUGGAGGACAGUGUUGGCUUGGACUGCAAGCGCUACCUUGUCUUAACAUUGGCUGCCAUCUUGGGCCUUUUGGUCUUCCUGACUCCCAUUGCCUUUAUCCUGCUCCCCCAGAUCCUGUGGAGAAGUGAGCUGGAGCCAUGUGGCACAGCUUGCGAAGGACUCUUCAUCUCAGUGGCUUUCAAACUCCUGAUCCUCUUGAUUGGCACCUGGGCUCUUUUUUUCCGCCAACCCAAGGCAGACCUCCCAAGAGUGUUUGUGUUCCGCACCCUCACUUUGGUCCUCAUAUUUCUGCUGAUGUUCUCUUACUGGCUGUUUUAUGGUGUUCGCAUUUUGGAGUCUAAGGACCUCAAUUACCAAGGAAUCGUACAGUUUGCUGUGUCCUUGGUGGAUGCUCUACUUUUUGUUCACUAUCUUGCUAUUGUGGUGUUGGAACUGAGGCAACUGCAACCAAUGUUCACAGUCAAGGUGGUUCGAUCAACAGACGGAGAAUCGCGCUAUUAUAGCUUGGGACACCUGAGCAUCCAGCGGGCUGCUUUAGUUAUCUUGGAAAACUACUACAGAGACUUUGCAGUCUAUAACCCACUGUUGUUAACAGCUUCUAAAGCGCGGGCAGCGAAGCACAUGGCAGGCCUGAAGGUCUACAGUGUUGAUGCUGCCCUUGUGGCCAAACUGAAAAUGUAUUUAGCAGAUGGGCCAGAUAACAAUGCUGCUGGGCAGUCCAGAGCCAUGAUUGCUGCUGCAGCUCAUCGCAGGGAUUCUAGUCACAACGAACUCUAUUAUGAAGAAGCUGAUUACGAGCGAAGGGUUAGAAAACGGCGAGCAAGGCUUGUGGUAGCAGUUGAAGAAGCAUUCACCCACAUUAAGCGCCUGCAGGCAGAGGAACAGCAGAAAACCCCAGGAGAAGUGAUGGAUGCCCGAGAAGCAGCUCAGGCCAUCUUCCCAUCUAUGGCAAGAGUGCUGCAGAAGUACCUACGGACUACCCGGCAACAGCCCUACCACACCAUGGAGAGCAUCUUGCAACAUUUGGCUUUUUGUAUUGCCAACAACAUGACGCCAAAGGCUUUCCUGGAACGUUAUCUCACUCCAGGCCCAACUCUGCAGUAUGACAAGGAUCGUUGGUUCUCCAAACACUGGACACUCAUAAGUGAGGAAGCUGUUACGAGGGGACUGAGGGAUGGUGUUGUGUUUGUCCUCAAGUGCUUGGACUUCAGCCUUGUCAUUAAUGUGAAAAAAAUUCCUUCCAUCAAACUCUCAGAAGAGUUCUUAGACCCAAAAUUCCACAAGUUUGCCCUUCGCUUACAGUCUGAAACAUCAGUCUAGAAUAGCGUGUAUCUGUGAGUGAGAAGAGGGCAGUUUCUGACUACAUGCAUUCAGGUAUUUGGUUUUGGGUAUGUGUUUGUGUUUUCCCCUUCCCUUUUACGCAGUUCAAAAAGCACAGGUGAUAGGCCACAAAUAUUUCUACCAUCUGCACUUUAUCAGGAAAGAGAAGGGAGAAGGAGAUUCUCCGCAGAAAGAUCAGAAGAAUGCAUGGAUUGGAUUAGCACAUUCAUCAGGUCAGAAUGGCUACCAUGCACUUUGCAGAGAGCUGUUAGCCACUGUGGUGCCCAGUCUUCACUAGUAUUCUGCCUUAGAUCCGCUGGUGUGUAUCUGUUGCUGUUGCCCCACUCUAACAUUGUGUUCCCUGGCAGACACCGUUCCGUAGAUCAGCCUCACUUCAUUCAGCUUUUGGUAGUCACCAGUAUAGCUCAUGUUCACAGGUGACUCCUUCAACCCUUACUUUGUAUUAUCCAUAGUUUAUGACCCAGACCAUGGCUUGAGAUUCCAAAGAGGCACUAGGCAAUGCUGGUCUGCUUUCAUUUUAUAUUCUUCAAUCAUUAAUUGAUAAAGAACCAUUCCCAUUUACAGGAAGCAGCAGCUUCUAAAAAUGGAACAAUGCCUAUAACUGGUUUGUAAAUUUGGACAAAGCAGAUUGAAAUUUCCAAAGCUUUCCUUAUCAUGAUUUGUUAAAAUGGCAAAACUAAACAAAUGUUCAAGGGGAUCUUUAGUUAAUUUAUUGGGCGGUAUCUGCUGGAGAAUGUGGAAUUGUUCUUCUUAAAGAACAUCAUUUGUUUACCUUGAGGGAAAACAUUUUUGCAUAACUUAAGGCUACUCUUUCUGCACUCUUUCUGUAUUAACUGUUUCAAAUAAUGACCAAUGGACUUUUCAGCUGCCUGUA